UGUACAUUUAUUUUCAUUCGUUUAACAACUACAGUGAUGUUUACAUUAAUAUUAUCGUUCGCGGUCUCCGCACUUGUGGUUAUAGUGUUUAAAUAUUUAAAUGCCACACGUAAACCGCCUAUUUUAGGUAUUUACCAGCAAAGGAAUAAGGGUUACUGGCUUAAAUUUAUUUUUAUGUACAUUCUACUAAUUGUAAAAAGGCUGAUUAAAGAAGGUAAACGUCUACGGGCUGUUGAAUUGGGCCAGAGUUCAGACGGCACCGAACAGAUACAUAAAUAUGAUUCGAUUUUGGAAGAAAAGUAUAACCUUGGUGAUUAUCCUAAGGCAGUAGAUGCUGUUUAUUUCAAUGGAUUGUCAAAGGAGGGAAGCGCGGUUAUAUGCGGCCUUGCUCGUAGACCGAAUCACUACUGUGAUGCUUUCUUAUACUUAAAGUGUAACGGUGAAGAACUACUUCUAUCUCCAAACCUUCCGGACACGCACCUAGAGCAAACCAUACCCGAACAAGGAGAGUACAGCGUGCAAGGAAUCAAGAUUACCAACUUCAUGCCAAUGCGUACUUGGAAAUUGGCUUAUAACGGCGAUAUGAAAUCGAAGUCUAAUCCGGAGAAACGUUUGAAGGUGGAAGUAUCGCUGACAUGGAGCGCUGCGUGGGCGCCGUUCAAUUACGACGUGCACAUGUCGGCCUACAGCAUGGCAAACGACCUUGCGAGGGAACCCUGGUCCCGGGAUUACUUCCAAAUGCUAGAAAAAUUGCAUCAAACACAUUACGAACAAAUGGGUUACAUUAGAGGAAUAGCAGUAAUCGAUGGAAAAGAACAUUCUCUGGAUAUGCCGUGUUUGAGAGACCGUAGUUUUGGCCCGUUACGUGAAUGGCGUAACUUCCACCGCUACGUGUACCACUUUAUGUUCCUUGAGAACGGCGACUGCAUGGCUGUGGGCAGCGUGUCCGAACCGACUGUCUUAUCUCAUUUGACCAUUGGGUAUUUAUGCAAGAAGGCAGAUCAGUCAGUGUUGCCAGUUGACUCCUGCGACUUCCAUUUGUAUCAACACGCGGAAAAUGAAAUCUUACCCAAAGAUUACGGAUUUGUUUUCAAGAGUGGUUGCAAAUCGUAUGCUGUCAAAGUUAAAGUAAACAAUGAAGAUAUAUUUUACAUUGGUAAGGAGAGAGUCGCCAAGUUCUAUGAGAGAUGGUGCUCAGUCGAAGUAAACGGAGUGAAAGGCUGGGCCUGCGUGGAGUGGCACUACAAUAAUGUACGGAACUGUCACAAAAAGUAAAAAAUAAAUUAAUUAAAACGCUUAAAGAGAAAAAAUUAAAUGUCAAUUGUUCAUGA